AUGACCUCCGCGACUAGCAAUGGACAAGAGCCGGCUUCUGGAGGGGCACCGGCACCGGCACACGAACCCCAGAACGAUACUCACGUUACCGACAAUACUGGAGAACCACCUUUGAAGAAGGCAAAACUCGACGAACCUUUCACGCUCAAUGGCGAUAAACCUCCCCGCAGGAAGGGCGUUGCUCCCAUCAAGGCGGAAUACCUUGUCGAUAUCAACGCCAUUCCCGUAUCUGCGCCAGAGGAAAAUACAGACGAUGCCGCCGAAGCGGCGCAUCACGAGGAGCGCGAAGACGACAAGAAGAAGAAGCCAAAGAUCAGAGGCCAGAAUACGAAUCGAACUUUUGGAAGGUACCAGGAUGAGAAGGGACUCUGCCCCAGCAGAGUAUUUGCGCCUGAGUUCUCCCCUGGAGAAUGCAGAUUCGGCGACAAGUGCCGCUUCGAGCACGACCUGCGCACCUAUCUGAAAGAACACAAGCGCGAGGAUCUCACGACCUUUGGUGGUGUGUGCCCCGUGUGGGAUGCGCGGGGGAAAUGCUAUGCAGGGUGGAAAUGCCGUUUUGUUGGCUCUCACAUGACCGAGCGCGACACUCCGGAUGGAAGAAAGGAACUGGUUUUGGUCGAAGACGAGGAGCGCAAGAAGAAAUCGCCGCGCCUGGUCCCCUAUGCAAGCGAGGAAGGCCUCGCAAACACUAUCUCGGUGGACGAUAGGAACGCGUUGUCCAGGAAAAAGAUCAAGACCCCGCGCGCCGAUGCAUACUCGUCUUGGCUUGACAAGACAUCCAAGCAGCUGGAAAAGACUCUCCACGGCAGACGCCAGAACGACGGCGGGGUAGUUGAGUUUACGAAGGAAGAGCGAGAGGAGCAAAGGGCCAACUAUACCGAGCCUCCAUUUUUGCCUUCCGAGAAGCGCCGCCUAUACUUUGGCCCUGAAACUCCGACUUUGGCGCCAUUGACUACGCAGGGUAAUCUGCCCUUCCGGAGGCUCUGCGUAGAACUUGGGGCCCAGUUCGUCUACUCUGAAAUGGCAAUGAGCAUGCCAUUGAUCCAAGGAACGAAAUCAGAAUGGGCUUUGUUGAGAUCCCACGAAACUGAAUUGACCCCACCGACCAUCUCCCCAAGUGAUAAGAUUGUGCAAGGUUACGACAACUCCAAGGAUAUGAAGUUUGGCGCUCAGAUUGCCGCAAACAAACCCUGGCAGGCACUAAAAGCUACGGAGGUGCUAUCCAAGUUCACGCCUAACCUUCGUGUCAUCGACCUUAACUGCGGAUGCCCCAUCGAUCUUCUCUUCCGCGAAGGUGCUGGAUCGGCGCUUCUCGAACAUCACUCGAAGUUGGAGAAGAUCCUCCGUGGCAUGAAUGCAGUGUCGGAAGAGAUCCCCAUUAGUGUCAAAAUCCGCCUGGGCGUGCGAGACAACGCACCGAACGCCCAGAAGCUCGUGGAGCGUCUGGUCCUGGGAGGACACGAAUCCCACUUGCUUGGCCUUGGGCCGUGCGGCACUGCGGCGAUUACUCUCCACGGACGUAGUCGACAGCAGAGGUACACGAAACAAGCCGACUGGGGUUACAUCGCCGAAACCGCCGCUCUCAUCAAGAACCUCAACAAGAGGAAGGAUGAGUUGACAGACACCAUUUACGAACCGGAUGAACGCAUGCUGCCGAAUGGUGGGAAGGUGUACUUCCUCGGAAAUGGAGAUUGUUUCUCCCACCAGGAUUACGAUGAUCAUAUCAACAAUGCUGGCGUCGACAGCGUGAUGAUUGGCCGAGGCGCAUUGAUCAAACCUUGGCUCUUUGAGGAGAUUCAGACGGGCCAGUACCUGGACAAGUCCGCAUCGGAGCGUCUGUCUCUUGUGGAAAAAUUUGCCAAGUACGGCCUUGAUACCUGGGGCUCGGACGAGUAUGGUGUCGGAAUCACACGUCGCUUCUUGCUGGAGUGGUUGAGCUUCCACCGUCGGUAUGUGCCCGUCGGUCUGCUCGAAUAUCUUCCACCGAAUAUCCAGGAUCGUCCGCCAGCAUGGAGGGGCAGGAAUGAGAUGGAGACCCUCCUUGCCAGUGACCACUACAAGGACUGGAUUAAGAUCACGGAGAUGUUCCUCGGACCGGCGCACAAGGAUUUCAAGUUUGAGCCCAAGCAUAAGUCCAACGCCUACGAAACUGAAGGAUAG